AUGCUUGAUUGCAAAGAAUGGAACUCUUUCCGUACUAAGUUUAAGGGGGAACAACUAACAGGCAUCAUUGAGUCAUUUCCUGGCUCGUGUGACUUGAGAACUCUAGAUUUGAAUGGGAAUUUCCUACAAGGAAAGCUGCCAAAAUGUCUAAGUAAUUGUGCCAUGCUAGAGAUCUUAGACGUUGGGAGCAACAAGAUUAACGAUGAGUUCCCAUGUUGGUUGAAGAGCAUACCCACUUUGCAUGUUGUUGUUCUGCGGUCCAACAGAUUUCAUGGCUCCCUUGAAUGUCCAGGAACCCAAAUAGCUUGGCCUCACCUUCAGAUUGUUGACUUAGCACACAACAGUUUUAGCGGCAAAAUUCCACCUGCAUUCUUGAUAGCAUUGAAGGUAAUGCCAGGUGGAGAAAAUGACGGGAAACUGUUGAAGACGGAUCCACUUCAAUUUGAACUCGAUGAGGAUUAUAUUGAUCAUUAUUACCGAGAUGAAGUGAACGUCACGAGCAAAAAUCUAGAGAUGGAGUUGGUAAAGAUCCAAAAUAUCUUUACCUCCAUUGAUCUCUCAAGCAACAAAUUUGAAGGGCCAAUACCCGUAGUGCUUGGACAGUUAAGGGCAUUAUACAUACUUAACUUGUCCCGCAACGCUUUGUCAGGCAAAAUGCCAUCAUCUUUCGGAACUCUUAAACUGCUUGAGUCAUUGGACCUAUCAAACAAUUCUUUGUCAGGGGAAAUUCCAAAGCAGAUGGCAAAUCUGUCUUUCCUUGCAUUCUUGAACCUCUCAUAUAAUCAUCUAACGGGGAGAAUCCCAGCAAGUACUCAGAUUCAAUCAUUCGAAGCAUCUUCGUUCAUAGGUAAUGACGGAUUAUGCGGACCUCCAUUGACCCCAAAUUGCAGCAACGAUGAAAGACCAGGGGUUUCCCAAUCACCAAUCAAGAAGUCCCACUCUGAGAGUUCAAUUGAUUGGAAUUUCAUAAGCGCUGAAUUGGGAUUUGUUUUUGGGAUUGUGAUUGUUCUUUUGCCGCUAGCUUUUUGGAAGGCCUGGAGAAUAUGGUACUGGCAACACGUGGAUGACUUGCUUUAUAGGAUCUUCCCGCUCUGGAUUUUGUGUACGAAUGCCGUGGAGGGACAAAUUACAGAACCCUAA